AUGAACCCGCCGCGAGGCGUAUCAAAAACCCUCCUGCAGCCAGGUAACGGGCGCGAUCACCCAAGAACCGGCGAUACCGUGAUCAUCGACUAUAGGGGAUGCUUAUAUGACGAAGAACGUGGGGAGAAGGAGUUCUACAUGGGGACGCAAUUCGAUACAUCACAAGGCCGCGGGCCCUUGAAGACGGAGAUUGGGGUGGGCAAAGUGAUACCAGGCUGGGACGAAGGUGUGCAGCAGAUGACAGAAGGAGAGAAAGCGAUCUUGACGAUAUCCAGCGACUAUGGCUACGGCCAGAGCGGAUUCCCAGGCCUGAUACCCCCGGAUUCAGGGCUUGUAUUUGAGGUGGAACUUAAGAAGAUUAUAAAGGCUACUACCAAAGCUGAGCCCUACAGCUGA